ACCCAGAUUCAGCAACAUAUAUAUACAUUUAUUAAAAUUGGAACCGCAAACAACAACAACCUUUGAGUUCGUGAUUCUCUGACGUUUGAUUCUCAUCAACAAAGUAAGCUUCGUAGCUAUUAUUAUAAACAAAUAUAUAAUAGUGAGGUGGGUGUGAACUUAACCGUUAUUAGAAGUCGAUUAAUUGGAGAACAACACAUGGGUAUGGUACCACUGAAUUUGAUUCCUGAGGCAGCGAGGAAUUUGGCUCAUGAUCACGCACAAGUGGUGCCCAUAUCACUCUUUGUGGCUGUUCUCUGCCUCUGCUUGGUCAUUGGUCAAUUGCUUGAAGAAAACCGAUGGGUUAAUGAAUCCAUUGUUGCCAUUAUAGUAGGAUGCAUUGCUGGAAUAAUACUGUUAUUAAUCACCAAAGGGAAGAGUUCUCACAUCCUUACAUUUAAUGAAGAACUAUUCUUCAUAUAUCUCCUUCCUCCCAUAAUAUUCAAUGCAGGAUUUCAGGUGAAGAAGAAACAGUUCUUCCAUAACUUUUUAACAAUCAUGCUGUUUGGGGUGAUCGGCGUUUUUAUUUCUACCACUGUUAUUACGUGUGGCAGCUGGUGGCUGUUUCCCAAGUUGAAAUUGCUUGGCCUGAGCGGGCGGGAUUAUCUCGCUAUAGGAACAAUUUUCUCAUCCACAGACACGGUUUGUACACUGCAGGUUCUUCAUCAAGAUGAAACACCUCUACUUUACAGUCUAGUCUUUGGGGAAGGAGUGGUAAAUGAUGCAACAUCAGUUGUUCUCUUCCAUGCAGUGCAAAAGCUUGAUGUUUCAAGAUUUAGUGGCAAGACAUUCCGUGUUAUUGGAGAUUUCUUGUAUCUAUUUUUAUCAAGCACUGGCCUUGGAGUUGUAACUGGCCUUCUCACAGCAUAUAUCUUGAGAACUUUAAGCUUUGGAAGACAUUCAAGUGUUCGUGAAAUUGCAUUGAUGAUGUUAAUGGCAUACCUAUCCUACAUGUUGGCAGAGCUAUUUGAUCUAAGUGGCAUCCUCACCGUUUUCUUUUGUGGAAUACUAAUGUCACACUAUGCAUGGCAUAAUGUGACUGAAACUUCAAGAAUCACAACCAGGCAUGUGUUCGCAACAAUGUCAUUUAUUGCAGAAACCUUCAUAUUUCUAUAUGUGGGAAUGGAUGCCCUUGAUAUUGAGAAGUGGAAGAUGACUGAAUUAAGUUAUGGAAAUUUAAUGGGGAUCUACAGUUCCUUAAUCCUAUUGAUAUUGCUUGGGAGAGCUGCAUUUGUUUUUCCUCUCUCUGCUCUUGCCAAUUAUAUGAGUACGCAUGCUAACCAAGCAUCGAGUAUCACAUUCAAACAUCAGAUAAUCAUUUGGUGGGCUGGGCUAAUGAGGGGAGCUGUCUCCAUUGCUCUGGCUUUCAAACAGUUCACAUUUUCUGGAGUUACUUCUGAUCCUGUUAAUGCAACAAUGAUUACCAACACCAUUAUUGUUGUCCUUUUCAGCACACUGGUGUUUGGUUUUCUCACAAAACCACUAAUUAGAUAUCUGCUCCCCCACAGUGCAACAAGGAAAAGCAUCAGACAUGAAGAAUCAGGUCCACCGGUUGAGGACCUGAAUCUACCUUUGCUAUCCCUUGAGGAAUCAGCAGCAACCAACAUCAGCCGUGCCAAGGAAAGUUUGACCAUGUUAAUAGAAAGUCCUGUGUUCACCAUACAUCGCUAUUGGAGGAAGUUUGAUGAUGCAUACAUGAGACCUAUAUUUGGGGGACCUUGUGGUAACCAGUCACAGUGCUAGCAACUAUAGCAAAUGAUGGAUAUGUCAGGUAUGCACUUGAAUGUGAACACAAAUGAUGAUCCAUUUGAAUCCAAUUUUGAAGAUGAGUAGCUUCCAUUUGCCACUGUUUUGGAUGCUCAAGUGAGGAAUAUAGUUACUAAUCAGGGACCAUCUGUGUUUGGAAUAUCACAUAGGGGGUGAUCUUACUUGAAGCUUUAAAAAAGUGCAUAUUUUCUUUGGUCAUGAAUGUUGUGGCAAAUUAGAAACAGCAUAUUUGUAGUUAACGUAUCCAGUUGAUUAAAUAAGUUUUAUUGAGUUAAUCUCAUGAGCAAGUGGAUUAUUUUGUGCAUAAUGUCUUAUUUUGUUUUGUU